ACCCAAUUGGCCACACCCAGCUGGCAUAAGUGGGUUUUGGCUUGCAGCUUGGGCUCUCAAGUCUCUAAAAGGUUCGCCAUCACUGUUCUAGAGCAUCUUAAAUGUUUUUUAAAUGCUAAAUUGUGUCACUACAGAGCAACCUAGGAUAUUAGAAAUCUUUGGCAGGAUGCAUUCUGAACAGUUUGUAUAAGAAGUGACUGGGCAUCUCCAUGGGGAAAUGGGUGCAUUUUGGGAAGAAGCCAGAGGACCUUGUGACAGCCAUUUUGUGAGCAGGGUCUAAAAAGCCUAACAAUGCUGCCCGAAACAGCUAUCUAUUUCAGCAGAGUUACUCGUAGACACUCCCAUCAAUAUUCUAGGCCUCCUGAAAAAUUAACCGACUCUCCAGGAUUGGUUUCUUUUCCCCAAUCGUUGCUACGUUCAGAUUCGAUGAGCUCUGGGAAGAGGAAGGAACGGAACGGCGUAAAAGCACCGGUAAAUGCGUAUAUUACAGGCACACAAAAAUGGAAAUAACUGCUAAAGAGAAGCUGUCUGUUUGCCAACGCAAUCCUAAAGCCGAGCCUUCUCACAGAAGCCUUCUCUUUCGGGCAGAAAGAAGAGCGAAUGGUGAGGCAGGUGGAGCUAAAUUCUAGUCCCGCAUAGAGUUUUCCAGUGGGCCUCAAAUGGACGGCUCGCCUAAAGAUGUGUCCGCGAAUAAAGGAAAAACAACGCUACGUCCUCGGUCCCCUUUGCGAACUAGGCUAGCUAGUUCGGGCGGUUAUUUCCAAGAACUUCCUCAUUCAAAGCAUCCGUCGGAGGCGAAACGACGGAGAGACCGGUCCAUAAGAGGGGGCAUGUCGGGGGCAGGAGGAAGAGCAACGCGGCAAGGCUUCUCUUCUCCACCCCCUAAUCUUUUUUUCCUCAAAACCUGGAAAAAGCACAGCCUCGCGCCCCUCGCUCCAGAUGGCGUGAGCGGACUGCCCGGCGCCCAAUGACGACCUCUCUGCUCGGUUUUUGUUUAGCUUAGCAACCGCCGCUCCCUCCCUCGGUAGGCGCCUGGGUAGGCAGAAAGGCAGGCCUACGGUAUACGUAACCCGGGUGGCAGGCUGGCUCUCCCUCGCUCCGUCUCCAGCCGUCUUCGGUGCAGACCCGCAGAAGGGAAGCCCCGCGCUGGCAAAGAGAAAGCGACAAAGCCGCCCCAACCGCGACGCCUCUGUUCUGGCCGCCGCGCCUGCCAAAGUCCGUCUUGGCGCCGAGAAGCGGCGGCACCAUGAAGGUGGCGGUCCUCGACCUGGCCACCGUCUUCGCAAAACUCUUCAAGCCAACCGCCUCUUCCUCCUCCUCGCCCUCUUAUUCGCCCGCCCCCGGCGCCCCUUCGCCGAAAGUACAGCCUCUUCUCACUGCCUCGGCGUCCGCGCUGGGCGCCCCGUCUUUGCCCGUCCGCUACGCUGCCCUGGCCUCUGCUGGGGGAACCUCUAUUACAAGCGUAGCAGCGGCGGCUCGGGCGUUCCCCGGCGGCAGCGGGAUCGGGGCCACGGCACCGAAACCUUCGACGGGUGGCAGCUGCGCCAGUGGAAGCAGCUCUCCGCGUUCGGCCAGGGAGCCCGGGUCUUGGGCCGCCCCCGCGAGCAAGCCGCUGCUUUUCGUCACUUUGCCCGACAUCGGCGAAGAGGGCGCGCCGGACGCAGAUCCCCAGGAAGAAACUGCUGUGCCCAGAAAAGGGCUGUCAAAAGGACUUGUGGACCAUCCUUUCCAAGCAAAGAAUGAAUAUUGCCUUCCAGCGCCUUUUACAAAAAGUGUACAAGAAGCAAUUGACAACUACUCCUUGCCUUCUGUUUCAUCACUUUCACCAAGUGGACAAACAACACCCACAGGUUUGAAUAACUCCUGGUCAGGAAUACAGAGCUGUACCACUGGCCCAUCUACUGAAAGAAGUUCUGUUUACUCUUGGGGCGAUGACGAGUUUGAUAAAGCAAAUACCCAAAGAGUGCAUCAAUUGUUUUGGGAUGUGGAUGAAGUACUGUUUGAAGGAAAAGUGAGCUCUCAAACUGAGAAUCUAAAGACAGAAUGCAAAGACUGGACAAAUAGAUCACUUCACUUAAGGAUUUUGGGAAAACAACUUCUUUUUCCAAAAGAUGAUGGUUUUCAGCAUUACCAGAGCAGAAGUUCUAGUUCUGUUUAUUCAAAAUCUCUUCCUACUUUGGGUGAAAUCAACACCAGUAUGAAAGAGUUAUGCAUCUCAGGAUCAAAACUGAUACCAGCAGCUUUUCCAGUGCACAAAGCAUUCAGCUCUGAAUUAUCAGAGAUUUCUUUAUCUGAAUCACCUGGAUAUUCAUUCUUGGAGGAAGAAGUUUAUGAUGCAGAAGGAAAAAUGGAAGAAUAUCUUGCAUUCGACAAGAAGGAACUUGAUGAUGAAGAUUUGGAGCAAAGGAAUCCUCAACUUGCCCAAAAACAAAUUAAACAUGGCAUUCCUCCUGUUUCUCCCAACUCCUGCAUCAAAGAAGCUGUAACUGCUGAAGUGUUUGAUCAAAUCUGGAAGAAUGUAAUUAAAAUAUUGGAAGAAUUAAUAAGAAAAUACUGGGAAUCAUCUAUUUCAAAAAAUGACAAGUAUAUGGAGAAAUCAAAAAUUACUGGAAAUAAGUUGUCACAUAUUCCAGCCUCCCAUGCUACGGUAGAUACAUCAAGUGUUCCUCCAUCCAGAGGGUCAGAGGUUCGAUCCAUGUCUUUUGGUCUGCAUUUUGGACAAUCCCAGGCCCACCGUUUCUCUAGCAGUUCACAUGACAAUUUAAAUGGUGUCAUGACAAUUCAAGCUAAACCACUACAACAGAGAUAUUCAAGCUUCAUUGAAAAGCGUGAACAAGAAGACAAGCCACAAGGUGUGGGUUUCAGUAUUAAUUCAGCAAAGAAUCGAGUGGGGCGAAUGACUGACAGCAAUGUCUUGUCAUUACCUCGAGUGUUGCCUGGAUCCUGUAAGAAAACAGUGGGCCAUCGUAGGUUACCAUCAAUAGCACAAGAUCAACUUCGUUUAAAGACUCCCAAUGUUUACAGUGAUGAGGUCCUGCGAGGAACAAAAUUAUGCACUACCUUAGAUCGUUUGCCAUCUCCAUUUACACCUGCUAUCCGGAACAAGUUGCCACCCAUAAAUUCAGACACGAUUGAUCAAUAUCUUUCAGUACCCGGACUACGCUUAAGCUUUCAUAGAGGAAAACAUGUUCAUAGCAGAAUAUCCAGUGCAGUACCUCAUGGUCUGGAACGACGACCCCAUAGAGAGCGAACUGUCUUAAUAGAUCAGUUUUCAAGGCCCAACACAACUCAUACAUUCCGGUCAGAUACACCUCAGAAAAAGUCACCAAUUUCUAUGGAUCUUGCUAAUCACUUGUGGACAGGCCAAGGAGUAGUAACAGGUUCACAGUUCCAUGCCAAGUCAUUCCAGAAAAAUCCAUCUCUCUCUAGGAGAAGAUUUCAAGUUGCUUAAUGACAUAUAGGAGCAAGAAGAGGAGAAAAAAUUAUUGGCACACAGUCAAAAUCCUGAAUAAUUCAGCAAUCCUUAGGAAUAGUGAAAUGUUAUCUCUGGGUAUUCAGUAUCUGUGCAUAUUGCCUGAAUGUGGAGUGCCAUUUGAUUUCUAAAAGUAUAAAUUUCUACUAAACUGAGUAAGAAAAUGGCCUUCAUGUUCUUAUUUUCUUAUGUGGACCAAUUCACAAUUACAGCUAAGCCAAAGGCUUCAUUUUGUGACUGAGGAUCUUUGAACAUAGGAACUGGUCGUGGCUUUUGCUUUCUUCUGCAUUUUAAAUUACCUUUUCUUCCCUGAAAGGGUUGAACAUUUCUGUAUUCCACUGCAAUGUGUUUCAUAAAAGUCUUCUGAUAUAAAAAAACAUACUUGUUUAAAAACAAAGAAUAAAACGAAACAUGACCCUCACCACAAAGUAUUGCCCCUAUGCAAAUAAUUCUUAUCUAAAAUUUAGCUUGCUUCCUAUAUAAAAAGGACGUUGGAGUUGCAUCGCUUCCUUAUUCCAAAAUCCCCUGAAACAUGCUUGUGGGGCCAGUUAAAUAGCUUUUUAGACUAACUGAUUAGAAAAAAUACAACUACAUUUUGAAAUGCAUUUCAAAGUUUGGACUAUUCAAUGCCCUCUGCAUGGGGCUAUGCUUGAAGGACAUUCAGAAACUUCAACUGGUAUAGAAUGCAGCAGCUCAGGCAGUUCUUAGGGCCCCUAGGAUGGCCCACGUAUCACCACUGCUCCCUGAACUACACUGGCUGCUGGUUUGCUUCCAGAUGCAAUUCAAGAUGUUGGAUCCCAGUGGGGGAGCAUCCCAGUGGAGGUGGUUGAUGAUUUAAGAGGCAAUCCCGCCUCCCCUCUGUGUAUCCUGUUCCCCCCUUCACAUCUUUUAACUAUAAUUUUAUCUUUGAUUGAAAUUUCAUUUUUAUUGUUUUAGAAAUAUUUAAUGCUUUUAAUGCUAUAAGCCGCCCAGAGUUGCUUUGAAACAAGAUGGGCGGCAAACAAAUCUGAUAAAAAUAAAAAAUAAAAAUGCACUUAAAGGUUACACAUGCUGAAAGCAUACAUCAACAAGAAUAAAAACCAAACUCUAUCUUAAUAUAAUCCCAUUGUGUAUAUCCUUAGACAAGCAGAUUGACAAUUUGUAAUCAUGUAAAUUUUUGUGAUUUUUCAAUGAUAAUAAUUAAGGUUAUGAUGAUUGAUUUGGGAUCUUUGGAUUUGAAAGGAAAAGGUGCUUUAGCCCUUUUAUACCCACAUAGCACCAACCAGCCAAUUGUUAAAGCUCUGAAUUCUGUAGCUGCCCUUAGCAACUGUAGUGCAAUUCCAAGAUUUGAUUUGAAGAGUUUCAUAAGGUGUUAUGUGUAAAACCCUAAUAAUCAUUACAAAUCGGGAGUGCUCAAUUUGUCGUGGAUUCUUUCCAGAUUACCUAGGUGGAGCACUUGCAUGUUUACUAAACCACCAAACUAAUCAUUGCACCAGCAUGUUGCAACAUAAUUUGUAUGUUAACUCUAUUAGUAAGUUAAGUAUUAAGACAGUGCAGAAGGUAUCAAGAUUCUUUCCUGAACAGUGUUUUAGUUAAGAAAGAUUUUGUUGUACCACUUGGAAACAGAAAUCCUUAAAUAUGUAGAAAUUAGAAUUUAAACUUCCAUGUAGAAAUUAGAAUUUAAACUUCCAUGCUGAAUAGUCCCCUUGCUAUAACUGUUUUGGCCUGUUUCCCAGUUAUAAAAUGUCUUCAAACAACAUACUAUUCUAGUAGUUUCCCUUUACCAUUUUUAAAAUGUAAUCCCUAAUUCCUUUUUUGCUGUUUAUUCAGCCUGUGACUGUUAAAGAAUGAUUCACAGAGCAAUUUCACUUAUUGCCAAUUAUUAAUAAGAGCUAGAAAAUAAUGCAGAUGCAUUUAUUUAUGCAGAAUAAUAGGUAGAUUAUCACAAACUGAGCCUAUUGCUGAAUUUUCAGAUUUUUAUUUUCUAACAAAUUUAAUGUAAAAUGUAAAAUCAAAUAUUUUCCCUACUCAGUCAGCAGCCCAAUUAAACAUAUGCUUCAAGAUCCAAUGGAUCUGUGAAAAUGUAUAUAAAAUGUUAAAGUUUAAAAAUUGCUUACAUUUGUAUUUUUAUGAAAGCUUGCCCAAUUUACGCUUUCCAAAUAUAUAUGUGUAAUUUAUAUGUUGAUUUUUAAAAAAAUGUUAAGUACUAUAACAUGAUGAAUGCAUACAUUUAUUAAUAAAAAAGCAGUUCCAAAAUUGUAUAUAUUAUAAAAAAAAUCUGUGUUAGCUUUAAUGCAUAUAAAAAUGUAUAAAACCUUUACCAAGAUACUUUUAAGAGCAAAUGUACAUAUAGAAGUGGCAAGAGACUAAAAUAAGAUACAGUGAUAAAAUGAGCACAUGAAAAUUAUGAUGAACUCACUGCAUCAUCAAGAAUCAUGUAGGCAGUUUUAUUGCAGCACCAACAAGAUUUUAAAUCAGACCAGAUUCAUGCUCAAGCAAUGUGUUUCUUUGAAAAUUUUUAUUUAAAAUUAUGACCAUUAGAUAGCAUCUAGAGAAUUUCAUAAUAAAAAUGUCAUCAUUAAGUGUGUGUGUAUGUGUGUGUGUGUGUAUACACACAUAUAUAUUACACUUUGAGAGUAUAUGCUGAAUUUCUAUGCCAAAAUGACAAAUUGUGCAUGUGCAUCUUUGUAUUUCUCAUUCUCUCUGCAGUUAUAAACUAAGUCAGUGGCUCCCAACCUUUUUUAUACCCCGCACCCCUAUAAUGCUUCUGAUAUAUUCUUUUAACAGUAACUCUUUGACUUGGAAGCUCAGGAGGAUGAACUGCAGCCCUCUUCAAAUGAAAAUAUUUCAGUGAGAGCAGUUUGAAGCUGGUUGAGGUGUUCAAGAGUGUAACGGGCUCUAUGGAUGUGCAAAUAGCAGGAUGUGGCUGUGAAAGCUAUUUUAUUAACCAGAGAAGGAAAAAAAGAAAUUUAAAUAGCUUUAUCUUGAUUUCAGGAAACAGCCUGAUUGCAAAAACUUUGACUAUAAGUUAUCUUUGUUUUGAGAAAAAAAAGGCAAAACAGGAUUUCUCCCGUUCUCCCCGUGACCAAGUGAGUGAACUAAUUUGCAGGUUAAAUUACUGUGUAGAAAGAUCCUUGAGAAUCAUUCAUUUUUCUUUCAUGUUCUGAUCUCCUGAUUUGCCCAGAAAGGAAAAUCAAGCUGUCCACACUGACAGUAGAAUAAUAUGACACAGUGAGUUAUUGUGAACAGUUUGGUGAAUUUGAACUUCGACUGAAAUCAAGAAAAUGGAAUAUAUGCAAUGUGGCCCCCAAACCGAUGGUGUCAUCAGCACUGGUGAAGAAGAACUGAAGAAAGUAAAGCAAUUCAAGUACCUCAGCUCCCUCAUAUACAGCAACUGUGAUAGCUUUAUAGAUGCCCGCGCUGCUAUCUAUGCCCCUUGGAGGAAGUGAUGCCAGGUGACUGGGGUCCUGUGUGAUCAUUGGAUGCCUCUAUGCUUCAAGUCAAAGAUUUACAGAAUGGUAGUGUGACCAGUCACUCUAUGGAUCUGAGUGCUGAAAAGAGCAGACUCUACGUGUGAUGGAAAUACAAAUGCUCCAAUGGUGUCUUGGACUAACAUGAUUCAACCACGCCAUGAACGACAAUAUCCCAUGUUGACUGGGAGUUGUGCCAAUUAUAGCAAAACUGCAAGAAGUAAGACUUAGAUGGUAUGGACACUUCAUAUACAGUAAAGAAGACUCAGUGAUGAGGAUAGCCAUGUGUCUGGACCCUGAUGGCCGGUGACUGUGUGGCAGAUCCAAGUAACAGUGGAUGGAUCGCAUCAAGGAGGACAUGGAAUGUGUGGGUGUCACCCCUGAACCCACCCUGGAUCAAGCCAAAUGGAGAUGGCUGUGCUGACAAGCGGACCAUAGCAUGGGAAUAACGCUAGGAAGAAAUUACUGUGUUUUCAUCUCUGUAUAGAGAAAUGAGCACUAGACAUUUGCCCUCAGUCAGCUGUGCACUCGCCUUGUAUCUCUGUACCCUGAGGUCUUCAGGCAACUGAAAUAUUGGGGGGGGGAUAUUUCAGCUUAAAAAUGGAAUUGGGUAAAUUCAGGAGAUAUUUGAGAGAGGAUGUUCUUGGACUAUGUUUAAGAAAGCAAUCUGAUGCAAAUUUCCAUUAAUGGAGACUAGCACAAUGGAAGAUUAAAAAACAGGCCUUUGGUUACAUCUAACAAACACAGAGGACCAAUUAAUAGCAUGUUGCUGUUAUUUAAAUUGGACAGAAAUUUCAUUGGGAUUAAAGUACACUGGGAGGAUUAACCUUUCCUUCGAUAAACAAUCCCAGAAGUCUCUUUCUAACCUGUAGAUGUAGCUGUAAAAACUUAAUCCUAAAAUUGUGAUAUAAAGUGGGAAACCAAAAGAUAAAAAAUAAUACAAUAGAGAAUAGGAAAAGAAACUAUAUUUGUUUACUGAGAAAUAAACACUUUUUAAAUUGAGUGAUAAAACCUUUUAGCUGCCACUGUGUUUGCAAUAGCAAAAUCCUUGUUCAUAAAUGUAGAUGUUCAUAAAAACUACCAAUCAACUUAACCCUUGUUUAUAUACAAGCUCUUUUGUGCUGCUGUUCAUAUUAUAGCACCAUGAGGAAAUGAUUUUACUAUGAUCUUGUAGAAUAUAACUUGUAAAAAAUUAACUCUGUCUUUCCAUAUGGCAUCAUUUUCUGCUCUCAACUGCUGGAAAGCAUUUGGAAGUUUGUUGUGUAACUUUUUCUCGACAACCUCAAAACAGAGUUGGCAGGAAACUUUAUGUGCCAAUCAGCACUCCCUCUGUUUCAAAAUUAAUUAGUAUCAAUUAACAUUUUUUUCAAAUUUCCUAUAGACCUACAACCUCUCAUAAAGGCUGAAAUGUAAGUUUAUGUGGAAAAUGGAUGUGAUAAUGAUUCAAAUGGUUCAUUUGAAUCUAGAAGAUGGGGCAGCUUAUAUAAACAGGGAAGCUCAACCCGAACAUACUGACUACAAGGACAGAAAUAUUUCACGGUAAGUUGCUCUGAAUUCAAGGGUGGAGGCAAGAAUUUCAAUAGAAAAUAUCCCAUUUCCAAGCAUUGCAUAAUUCCAGUACAUAAAUUUCAAAAUAUAAGUGCUUUGAUUUCAUCUGUACUGCAGCCAAGUUGAAAUAAAUAAGGUUGGCUGGAACCAAGGAGAACAACUAUGGGGACCAAGACAAAUGCCAUUUCUGGAAGGUCUAACUGGAAAUCAAACUUCCUGAUAGUACCUAACAUUUUCCCCUGAUUUUUACAGAUCUUCCAGAACAAACUUGAUAGUUUGAGGCAUGCUGAUGAAGCGAGGUAGAAAAAUAGGAAAUGAGAAAGAAAGCCUCAUGAGUGAACUGUCCCCUGGAACGUAAGGGUAACAUAUUUCAGGUACAGAAAUCCAGUUAAUCAUUUGAUGAGAGUCAGAAUCUCCUAUUUUCUAUUAUGCACAUUUUUGUGACUCGCACCACUUCCAUAGAGUACCGUAAUUCUUAUUUAUUUUUAUUUUAAUUCUCCCAUGCCAUGGAAAAAUGAAGCAUUAAGUAUAAAUUGUACAGCAGUGUGCUCACACAGUGAUGAAAAUUUACAGAAGUGAGGCUACUGUUACCCAAUACUUGUUUACAUUCAAAACGUAGUCCAUUUGGUUUGUUUUUGUUUCCAGUCUGUUUAUACCUUUGAACUGGCAAAUGUGCUUGGAUUAUUAAAAUAACAUUUUAUAUAUUGCUAGCCAUUAAUAGAGAGUGUGUUCCUCCCACAUACAUAGUACUCUGCAAUAAAUUUGUAAGCUUUCUGUAACUUAACACAGCAAAACAGGAAUUGUGCACCCGAUUCUGCCUGUUGUUUUCUUGUUUUGAAUUAUAUUUAUAAUGUGAAGUCACCGUAAAGAGUUUAACUAAUGAUAAAGAAUAGGUCACUUAUUUAACAAGAAGCAAUAUUUGAGGGAUGUAUGUCCAAGAACAAAUUUUAAUAUUAUCAAUAAUAUGCUGUUAAACUAGACUGCCAAAUAUUUUUUAAUAAAUUUCAAACAAAUGUAUUAUGCAGACACUUAAGAACUAGCAAA